AUGAGUAACUCUUCAUCGUCAGAUGAUGAAGAAGUGAGUAGAAUUUUCAUGGAGUCAUUUCAAGAGGAUGAAGCAGCAAUCUCCAUAUUGAUGCAAAACAAUGCUUAUUUGGAGCAGUUACUCAAUCCAUCUCAAUCAACCCAUCGAGGCUCUAUCCUAGGUCAUCGAGUAAUUAAUCGUGAUCGUGAAAGUUCAGAUCAUUCAAUUGAUGAGUACAUUAAAAUUGGUGAAUCAACAACAGUUGAAAAUGUUAAGAGAUUUUGUCGUGCCGUCGUAGAAAUUUUUUCAACUGAAUAUCUUCGACAUCCUAACGCUAAUGAUAUUUCAAGGUUGCUUCAUAUUGGAGAAUCUCGUGGUUUUCUAGGUCAAUAUGCAGGUCGUAGUGGAUCACCAACUAUUAUUCUCGAAGCUGUGGCUGAUUAUGAUCUUUGGAUUUGA